AUGGUCCUCCUCCGCCUUUGCUGGUGGAUCAAAGGGUGGAAGGAAGGGUUCCCAUAUUCCGCUGACGAAGUCCUGAGAAACCCAAGCUGCCUCUUUUGGAUGAAUUUGAAUCUACGCUCUCCUCCCACCAGAUCUCUCUCAAGAUCUCUUGCAAGAGACUUGGUUCCUAAAGGAAAGUCAGUAUGGUUAGUUGAAGUCUCCCUCAACGCGCCUCCCAAUAUUUCAGUUAUAGGAGGUGCUCUCCUCAAUGAAAAUAAUGAACUGCUGUGCCUUUUUUCGGGUCCUAUCCCUGCUAUGGAUUAUAGCUCUGCCAUGGUAUUAGCAAUUCAUAGAGCAGUACAAAUCUCCCUCAGCUCUGAUCGGUUUAGAAGCUUCUCAAUUGAAAUCUGGGCAGACUCUCAAAUGGCAGCCAAUUGGUGUUCCAGUGCUUCAGGGGGACCGGUGAACCUUAAUCUAAUUCUGAACUUUAUCAGAUCUACCCCAUCUAGAGGUCUCAAGCUCACAAUUUCUGCAAAACAUCAACACUCUUUCUCAGUAGCUGAUCUUAUAGCUAAGCAGAAGCUUUUUCGCAACUCAGAAUUUGUUGUAUGGAAUCACUGA